AUGAAAUAUUCACCACAUGUAGUCCUACAUUGUGCGAUGGGUCAAGGUCGACGAAGGGCAUACCAUCUCGUGGAGCGUUCAGCCGCACAAGAAGUCGAUGUAAGCAUGACUCGCCCGCAGCCUGCUCUUCCCAGCAUGCGGCCAGAACCACGACAUGAACUGACAUGGGUCGCGCGCAACAGCAACUUUGGCAUCGUCAAGCACCCCGGCACCGGAGGCACCAACUAUACCUUGGACCAGACCGAGUUCAGCACCCCUGACCAGUCCCUCGACGGCGCCAGCGAGACUAAGCCGGGCCUCUUCGCAAAGAGGGAUGCCAGCAAUGCCCAGGAGCAGCUGGGCAAGAAGGGGUUCAUACCCGUCAAGUGGCAUGGCAAAUGCGAGGCCGAUAAGGUUUCCAUGGGCACUUAUGAUGUGCCCCCGGGCAAGGGCGGCAUGUUUGGGCUCGUCUUCGACAACACCUUUUCCAAGCAGACGUCCAAAAACGCGACCUUCGUCCUAUUGACAUAUCCAACCGGCGCGCCACCGCAGACGGCGCAUCACCUACCUAACCUCCAGACCGGACCCAACGCCAACGCGAGCAAGACGAGCCUGGGGAAGCACAACAGCCCGAGGCUCGGUGCCGUUGCCUCCGAGUCGGUCGACAGCUUCCACAGCCAUCAUAUGAACGGGCGACCCGGGACCUCUGCCGCAACCUCGAUGAAGUCGUCUGCACCUGCCAAUUACCACGUCGGCAUCUUGCACAAGCGGCGCCGAAAGAAGGGCCAGGGUUAUGCGCGGCGGUUCUUCUCCCUCGACUACGUCACCUGCACCCUCUCAUACUAUCACAACCGCAACUCCUCAGCCCUGCGCGGUGCCAUACCUCUCAGUCUCGCUGCUAUUGCAGCAGAUGAGCGGAGGCGGGAGAUCAGCAUCGACUCUGGCGCGGAGGUCUGGCACCUGCGAGCUUCAAACGCAAAGGAGUUCACCGAGUGGGCGCACGCUCUAGAGAGGGCAAGUCGAGUCGCGCGGGGCCUGGAGGAAGUACAUGAGCCGUCUCCCGAGAGACUGCAGGUUAGGCGGUCGGUGCAGAGCCCGCCAAACAACUCGCAAGAGGAGGAUAGGGAGUGGCAACAGGUCGAGGCGCUGGUGAGUCGCAUUGUCGGCACCCGAGAUGCGCUACGGCGCUUGUGCAAGGACAUUGGGGCGCAGAAGCAUGCGCAGCCGAACAGCUCUACCCUAUCGCCUGCCUCGGCCACGCCGACGGUCGUCGAGGAUUCGGACAGCUACUUCCAGCCGGCCCCUGAGCAGAAGCGGCCCUUCUGGAGGCGCAAGUCGAGCGCGACGCCCCUCGGCCCCCCGGUCGCUACGCCGCCCGCGUCUUCGACGUUGACCGUACCAUCGCCGGGGACUGCCCCUUCGCGGAAUUCCUCUCGGCACUCAAGAAAGCCCUCCCGUAACAGUUUUCAAGAGGAGCGUACCGUGCAGGACCACUGCAAUGCGCUCUUGGUUGACCUUGACUCUGUGGUCCACGAAUUCUCGAAUCUCUUGUCCAAUAGCAAGCGCCGCCGGAUGCCUCUCCCCGGCUCCGCCGUUUCCAGAAAGAGCAUGGACUCAACGUCGACCGAUGAGUUCUUUGACGCAGCCGAGGGAGAUGCAGAUCGGUCGCAGCUUCUCAUGAUCGAUCACCAAAGCGAAGAGGAUACUCCUGGUUCGGACGUCGAGAAUGACAUGGGCAACGAUGACGACUCGUCUGUCUCUUCGGUGGAAGACGAGGAGGAGAUGACCAGCAAGAACGACGAGAAGAGUCUCUUCCCUAGCAAACCCAAAACGCUCACACCCCUACCAAUCACCGACCAGAUCCAACGCCGUACCACUAUACCACCAGCAACGGUCCUGCCGCCCAGUCUCAUCGCGUUCGUACGCAAGAACGUCGGCAAGGAUCUGUCCACCAUCUCGAUGCCCGUGUCCGCCAACGAACCACUCUCACUCCUGCAGCGCACGGCAGAGCAGAUGGAAUACGCUCACCUGCUCAACGAGGCGGCCAAGCAGAAGAACCCGAGAGAUCGUCUCCUCUACGUCGCCGCCUUUGCCGUGACAUACUUUUCCAACGGCCGGGCCAAGGAGCGCGCCAUCCGCAAGCCCUUCAACCCUUUGUUGGGCGAGACGUUCGAGCUCGUGCAGUCCGAGACUGAGGUCCCCGGCGGCAUGCGCCUCCUCGUCGAAAAGGUCUCGCACCGGCCCGUCCGGCUGGCGAUGCAGGCCGACUCGGCGCUCUGGUCCUUCUCACAGGCGCCCGCGCCGACGCAGAAGUUCUGGGGCAAGUCGGCCGAGCUGACGACCGAGGGCCGGAUCCGGCUGUCGCUGCGGCUCGCCGACGGCAGCGGCGGCGAGGAGCACUACUCGUGGACGGUGGCGACCAUGUUCCUGCGCAACGUGGUCAUGGGCGAGAAGUACGUCGAGCCCGUGGGCAGCACUACCGUCACCAACGAGAGCACGGGCGCGAAAGCCGUCAUCGAGUUCCGCUCCAAGGGCAUGUUUGGCGGCCGCGGCGAGGACGUGCACGUCGAGGCGCUCAACCCGGACGGCAGCCCCGCCGGCGCCACGCUGGCGGGCACGUGGACGCAGAGCCUCAAGACGCACCACUCGCAGCACCACCACCACCUGCACAACCAGGAGGUCUGGCGCGCGGGCCGGCUCGUCGACAACGCGGCGAGCGUGUACGGCCUGACGGCCUUUGCCGCCGCGCUCAACGAGAUCACGCCGCUCGAGCGGGGGCGCCUGCCGCCGACGGACUCGCGCCUGCGGCCGGACCAGCGCCUCGCCGAGGAGGGCAGGCUCGACGAGGCCGAGGCGUGGAAGACGAGGCUCGAGGAGGCGCAGCGGGCGCGGCGCCGGCAGCUCGAGGAGAAGGGCGCCGAGCACCGCGCGCGGUGGUUCGUGCGGGUCGCGCAGGGGGCUGACGGGGACGAGGUGUGGAAGCUGCGCACGGGCAAGGACGGGUACUGGGAGGAGAGGGCCCGCGGGGCCGGGUGGAGCGGCGUGGAGGAUAUCUUUGACGCGUGA